AUGUUGCAGGCUCUAAAAACAUUCUCGCUCACAUCUGGAUUAUACCCAAAUGCCAGCAAAACUACCAUAUACUGUAGUAACAUCCAGCUUGGUGAAGUGUACCACAUUAUGCAGAUCUCAGGGUUCAUCAGGCAGGAGAUGCCAUUCACCUAUUUGGGUAUUCCAAUUUGUGGGAAAAAGAUCUCAGGAAAAGAAUGUGAUAUAUUAGCUGAGAGAAUGACUGCUAGAAUUAGAAGUUGGAGUUCAAGGAAUCUUUCCUUUGCUGGGAGGAUCACUCUAAUUAACUCAGUUCUCAUUGCUAUACAGGCCUACUGGAGUCAAAUGAUGAUUCUUCCAAAGAAAGUAUUGAGGUCCAUUGAAGCUAUUUGUAGAGCCUUUCUUUGGAAAGGUCAAGCCAUGUUCCAGGGUGCAGGGUCUGUUGCUUGGAAUAGCAUUUGUCAACCCAAGGCAUCUGGAGGACUAGGAAUCAAGAACCUGGAAGCAUGGAACAAGGCUGCAAUAUGUAAGUACAUAUGGGCUAUUUCAAAUAAACAAGAGAGCUUAUGGCUUAGAUGGGUCCAUAGUAUUAAGAACCAGGUUUGGUGGGACUACUCUCCCUCCAUACACUCUAGUUGUGUUGCUAGACAGUGUUUACAGGACUUGAAGACUUGGCUGGACUGGCAUGCUCAAACCAGCAACCUCCAGGAGCUCCUCAAGUGGAUUGGGAAGUCCAAACCGUCAAAGUUUAAGAAAGGAGUCCUCUCUGCUGCUGCAGUAGGACUGCUGUACAACAUAUGGAGAGCCCGAAAUGAAGCUGUGUGGCAAAAGACAAGAGUCAACCCGAGCCGUAUUGUUGAAGAAAUAAAAUGGACACUCAAGAUUCGGAUUGAUAGGGUAAUGCCUAAAAAGAUUAAGAACAAUGAUAGAGAAUGGGUUCUUGCAUUAUAG